AUGAGUGACAUUCCCCCUAAGGGAGUCAUCCUGCCAGACCUUCCUAAUGAGAUCAUGCUUGGGAUAUUUCAUCGUUGUGAUGCAAGAACGCUUUUAAGUGUUCGAUCAACAUGCCGCUAUUGGAGAAACAAACUUAACUCCUAUGAGUUCAUAACAGAAAUGGGAACAAGAUGGAAAAGCAAUGGUUGCUCCCUCUUUGCACAUUUCGGAUUCUCAUCUAGGUGGGCUACUCCCCUAGAUUGGAUGAUGAAAAUUAAUGCAUGGAGUGGUCAAACCUCUGCAUUCCAAUUUCCAUUUUUGUUAACACAAGAGGGAUGGUUUCACAUUAUUGGUGUUCAGAAUGGUAUAUUUUGUAUACGUUAUUGUUCUAUGGGGAAAAGAACCUUUAUACUUACUUGGAACCCAACAACUAGGAAGUCUAGCAUCAUGAAUGAUCCUGGAAAACAUUAUUGUGAUGAUUGUGCUUUUUUUUUCUCAUUUGUUUACUAUCCCAGGUCCGUUAAUUAUGCAAUUGUCCACCUAUUCAAGGAAAAGCCCGAAAGUCCUGGAUGGACAUUAACAAUGUCUACAAAUUUAGUCAGGGGUUGGAAUGUGUCGCUCACAUGUCCACCCUACGUUGAUAGACUGGAUCCUGAUUACGUUUCCCUUGAUGGUGUUAUUUAUUGGGUAAGUUGCUUACUUCAUGAGGAGGAUGUUGACCCUCCAUGUAUUGUAUCAUUCUCUGUAGUAACAUUUACUUUUCAUAAAUAUUCCCUCCCAACUGAAGCUCAUGCCCAUUGCCAUAAUCUGUUGAUCCGAAAUGAUAAGCUCUGUCUGGCUACAAAUAAUCAUGAUGAUCAGUCAUAUAGCUCUACCAUUUGGCAAGCUGAUGCUAUCAAUGAUGAUAUUAUUUGGAGCAAGCUAUAUACGUUUAAUGGUAUUGGAGUUCCUUACAUACCUGCACUAUUUGUUGAUGAUAACCUUUUACACAUCAUGGAAAGGCAUCUACCAAUGCUGGAUAUGGAUGGUAUGAAGUCGACUUAUUUCCAUAUUCUCAAGUACAACGAAACAAAUCACACAAGGAAAACAGUUCGGUGGAUCCAAUAUGACAGCUACGUGAAAAUGAAAUCAAUCCAUAAGUUCAACGAAAGUUUCUUCCCAGUCUAA